CCCGCCGCGUGAGGCGCGCGCGCGUGGCGGCCGCGGCGGGAUGUUCGUGGCGCGCAGCAUCGCCGCGGAUCACCGCGACCUCAUCCACGACGUGUCCUUCGACUUCCACGGGCGCCGCAUGGCCACCUGCUCCAGCGACCAGAGCGUCAAGGUCUGGGACAAAAGUGAAAAUGGAGAUUGGCAUUGCACUGCCAGCUGGAAGACACAUAGUGGAUCAGUGUGGCGUGUGACAUGGGCCCAUCCUGAAUUUGGGCAGGUUCUGGCUUCCUGCUCGUUUGAUAGAACAGCAGCCGUAUGGGAAGAAAUAGUGGGAGAAUCAAAUGAUAAACUCCGAGGCCAGAGUCACUGGGUCAAGAGGACCACUCUAGUAGACAGUAGAACAUCUGUUACAGAUGUGAAGUUCGCUCCCAAGCACAUGGGUCUUAUGUUAGCAACCUGUUCAGCAGAUGGAGUUGUAAGGAUCUAUGAAGCUCCAGAUGUGAUGAAUCUCAGCCAGUGGUCACUGCAGCAUGAAAUCUCUUGUAAGCUCAGCUGCAGUUGUAUUUCUUGGAAUCCUUCGAGCUCUCGAGCACAUUCUCCAAUGAUUGCUGUAGGAAGUGAUGACAAUAGUCCAAAUAUACUGGCUAAGGUUCAAAUUUAUGAAUAUAAUGAAAAUACCAGGAAAUACGCAAAAGCAGAAGCUCUGAUGACAGUUUCAGAUCCUGUACAUGACAUUGCAUUUGCUCCAAAUCUGGGAAGAUCCUUCCACAUCUUAGCUGUAGCAACCAAAGAUGUACGAAUAUUCACCCUAAAACCUCUAAGGAAAGAAUUGACUUCAUCAGGAGGAUUAACAAAAUUUGAAAUUCAUAUUGUGGCACAGUUUGAUAAUCACAACUCCCAGGUGUGGCGAGUGAGCUGGAAUAUUACAGGCACGGUGCUUGCCUCCUCUGGUGAUGAUGGCUGUGUUAGGCUCUGGAAGGCUAAUUACAUGGACAACUGGAAGUGUACUGGUAUACUGAAAGGUAAUGGGAGUCCGGUGAAUGGUAGUUCUCAGCAGGGAAUUUUUAAUGCCUCUCUAGGUUCAGCCAAUACAAGUCUGCAGAAUUCACUAAAUGGAUCAUCUGCCAGCAGGAAUGGAAAACGAUCUCCUUUUUCCCCUUCCCCAGCGCCGUUUGACCUCUCCCAAGACACCAGCAGCCUGCUAACUACUAAAUACUGUUCAAAAAGCCUUUUUAAAACACGUUGUGUGCGUUUUUUGCCUGCACAGUUUGAUACUGAUGGAACGCCCGAUAGAAAAAUAUUUGGAGAGGCAUCUUGUUUGGAAAAAAACAUAAACAAUCCACCCAAAACCCAAAACUUCCAUCAGAACAUAUUUUUGAAAACUUGUAAAAUUAAAAGAUAGUUCAUGAUUAAAACCAAGAAUUUUUGUCCUUGAUUGGGAUGGGAGGAGGGAAGCGACCAUUACAAUAACUUUCAUUAAAGUUGUUUUGAGAACCAAUUUGUUUUGCAUUUCAAAGUGUUCAGCAUUUGAUUGAAAUUCCUAAACAUUACAAGGUUGUAACUGCUUUGUAAUAUACGCAACUGUUAGUUCUGAAGGAGUAAGAAAACUGUUUGGACAAUUGUGAUUAUGGCUUUUAAUUGUUUGGUAUUGCUUCAUUUUUAUUCUUUAGUAUGACUUCAAAUAAAUGUUUUGUAAGUACUGUCAUACUUCAUUCUAAAAGAAGUACUUUUUCUGUUACAUAUUUGUACAUUCCUAUGGUAAUAGUUGUAAUUACAUGGAGUACUUAAAUUCUCUAAAUGCAGUAUUCUUGAAAAAUGCAAACACUUUAGCCAUACAGAGAUAUAAACCAAAAUGCAACUAUUUGUUAAUUGUCCCAUAAUUUCAUUAAUAAACUGUUAGCUGUUCUUUGAUGUAAGUCCACAGAAUUGUAAACAAGACAGAAAACAAUAUAGUUAUACUAAAAUGCACAAGUGUUACGGGUAAGUUCUAAUAGAAACAGCAGCAAGAUGACAUGGAGUGGCAUAAUUCUGAAUCUUGCUUUCACCAGGAAUCUUGAAUUUACACUGAGGAUUUUGCAGAAAUAUGUAAAUAGACACAAAGACUGUAUUUCAUUCAAAAUAGUUAUUCUCUGUAAAUGUAUAUCAUUAAUGUAAAAAGUGAUGAUUUACAUCUAUUCUAGAAACGCUGUAAAGUUAAUCUGAAUUAGAUGCAUAUGCAGCAAAUGUACUUUGGUAAUAUUUAAUGUAUAUUUUGUGUCACAAACAAAGCAUUACUGAAAGCUGUUAACAAAUCACAGAAAUUCUGGAAGAAUGAAAGCCUGUUAAUAGCUGUACUCCA